AUGACUUCAAAAGAAUUUGGUCGCACUAUCCUUGUCAAAGCCUCACACAAUGAAGUGGUGAAAGCACAGGCGCUUCUCUCGUACGCAGAGAGUGGCAUGGGGGCGGUUGACUUUGCCAAAGCUUGGGAACCACCUAAUUCCCUCAUCACAGACCGUCAAGAGUGGUUAAUCGACCAGGCGGCUAGAUGCCGUUUGGACGCUACUAUCCUCAUGGCCCUCGCUAUGGCUGCGCAUCCACCAGACUCUCUCCAAGAUCUUACCAAUGCCAACAUGUAUACAUCUAGCAACGUCACUGCUACUACAUCAGAAGGAUGCCAGCCGUACUCUCCGACUCAAGGAGAAGGGAACCCGUCCUAUCCGACUCGAUACUGGCGUCACGGAGAUACGCAUCCGCCCUUGACAAGAUGGCAGUCAGGGUAG